UCCGUCGGCCAUACAGUCAGCAUGCCUGACUACAAGUAUAAUGUGCUGGGGGUGGUGGUGGAGAUCUUCCCGCUGAAGAAGGCGGUGAUCAGCUUUCAGGAGGAUGGCCGGGAACAGCGCGCACUGCUCUGGGGCGAGCGGCUGGUGUGUGAAGAUGGCCGGCUCCUGCCCGAGCGCCGGCCCAUCGACACAGUGCUGGCUGUGGGCGAUAGUGUGCUCAUGGACUGCCACAUCUACGACAACAAGAACAGCCAGGACCGCUGCGACUGGUACGUGGCGCGCGCACAGCUGGCCUCGUCACCCCAGCCCAGCGACGUGGUUUCCAACGUGUCGGGCAAAGUGGACGAGCUGACGCGCACGCGCGGCUUCGUGGUGUUUCGGCAGCCGGGCCGGUCCGAGGAGCAGCGGGCGGUGUUCGUGGUGGCGCGGUAUUUCGCGCGCGGCCAGCGGCUGCCGGCCGGCAGUAGCCUGUUUGACCACCUGGAGGAGGACCAGGUGGUGAACAUGGACGCGGUGCACGGCGCCGGCCGGCUGGAGGCGGCCGGGUGGUACGCGCCGCUGGUGUGGCGCGGCCAGAAGCCGGACGUCCGCCUGGACCCGCAGCCGCCGCCGGAGGUGCUGGCCGAGGAGGAUGGCGGGGCGCUAGCGACCACCACGCUCGCCAGUUCCCUGCUGCCAGCGCUCAGCUCGGCCGACGCCCGCCGACGGUCGGCACCCGGCAUGUCGCAGGACAAGUGGGGCUACGUGGCGAGCCUGCUGAGCGCCGAGUACGGCUUGCUCAUGUGCCAGGUGGCGCCGCGCCGCUACGAGAGCGUGCUCUUCCACAACAGCGUAGCGCACCUCUCCAAUCUUAACCUCAAGAACUACGAUUUGCGCGCCAUCUUCAAGAAAGGAGACCACCUGCGAUUUGAAGCGGAGCCGUCUGACAACCCGGGGGUGUACCGGUGGCGGGCGAGCAGUGUCUGGGUGGACAUGUCGCAGGCGAACGGAAGCGAUGCGAUCUGGAGUGACCCUGGCGGCUCUGUGGGAAACUAAGACCCGCUCCGAUCCCUCGGGGUGGCGCAGUGAUCGUGGUGUGAUAGCUUUCGCAUGCGGGCGGUAGACGUUAAGAGGCGGCACGACUGUGAUAAUUGCCAGUGUCAUUCCCGCCGAGCCAGUAUUUCCUCAACGUGCGUGCGCUUCGCAGACAUAUUCAGAGUGUAAUGUGGUCUGGGGACGGACCUGAUAUGUCUUGGUAUCAC